UCCUGGACCAAACAGCAUCUGAUGCUACCGCGAAGAGGGCCAAAUUUAGCCGCGACCCCCACUCUUAUGCUGGGACGUUGUGUACAGUCUAUGGUCCACAUCUCAGGACACGAAUAACUUCUUGGCCCCGACGGUCCGCUCCUUCUGAACGUUCUGCUAGGCCUAGACGGGUUUGGCGAAGACGAUAGCGGAGCAGCACGCAAGGACUACAGUGGGGGUAGUUAGCUUGAAUAGCUAGAAACUAUACCUAGGUAAAGGCAUUACCAUUGGUAUGAAAUGUGGUGAUGGCUGUGGUCCAACCUUUGCUUGUGUAGCUAGCUGUGUUGAUUCAUUCUUUACCCCAACUUGGAGGUAACGUGAUUCAUUUAACAUAAUUAUAUUAAAACAUACGUGUCUUACUAGCUAAUUAUUUGUUACCAUAAUGUUAGCUUGCUAGCCAGUUUAUUGCUAACGUUAGCUAUUGCCUCCUGUGACUGCCAAUAACUAACUAGUCAUAGCUAGCUUAUCCAGCCAUCUAACGUUAGUUCUAACUAGGUGUUUUAGACCAGACUACAGACAGGUUAGCUUGGCUAACUAGCCACCUCAUUGUCACCCCUGUUGAUUCGAUAGAUACACAGGCUAGUUUGAGAGCUAAUUAACUAGGCAGGCCUGGGGCUUUUUGGAUCUGCCAACUGCAUUCAGUUACUCUUCUAGCGACAAAGCAAGUUGUGAUCAAGAGACUCAACGCUGGUAUCUAGCAAGUUAUUCUCUAAAAGAAAACAUGGCACCCAAAAAAAGACCGGUGCGCCUUAACAUCACACCCACCGGCGGUGAGGGAGUAUUGUCCACCUCCACGACCAUCGCAGCUGCCUCUGAGUAAGUGUAACUCCUUAGCCAGCUGGCUACAGUUAAACUGAAAUUCAAGUCAACCUUUACUUUAAAUCUUAAAACCAUGAGCUAAUGUGAGAAUUCUCCCUCCUCCUUCGCUCUCAGCGCUAACCUAGAGGCCCUACAGAAGAAGUUGGAGGAGUUGGAUCUGGACGAGCAGCAGAAGAAGCGCCUGGAGAAUUUCCUUACCCAGAAGGCUAAGGUGGGCGAGCUGAAAGACGAUGACUUCCACCGCAUUUGUGAGUUGGGUGUCGGCAACGGAGGCGUGGUCAACAAGGUGUGCCACAAACCCUCAGGCCUAGUCAUGGCCAGAAAGGUGAGCGGUGUGAAUGCUGUUGCCAGUCUGAAAGCAACCUCAUGACCCAUUUUUUAGAUCAGGAAGGAUCAGGUGGGUGUUAGCCGAUUGAUGUUAAAUCUGUCGAUGUGCCCUUGAGCAAGGCUCCAGGGGCGCCUUAUGACUAUGGCUGACUCUGUAAAACAAAACAUUUCGCUGCACCUAUCCAGUGUAUGUGACAAUAUAAUAUGUUAUUUUAUUGUAAUAUUUGUUUAUUGUUAUUUGAUUUGUAUGGUUUUGUUUAUUAUGUGUAUAUUGUGUGUGCCAGGGGUAUGUAUUUUUUUUUAUUUUUGGGGGGGGGGGUUAAAAAAUGAUCAAUUAUACAGUGUUUUUAUUGAUUGUAUUGCCUUUGGAUGUGAUCCAGUAUUAACAAUUGUUCACAACAAAAGACUAGGCACAUAUUUCUGUAAUGCUAACAAAACAAUUAAGACGUCCAUUUUGAACCAGCAAAACCAGCAAUUAGUGAUGAGACAAAAACGUAUUGAUUUUUGGUGUGUAUGUAUUGCAUUCAUCCUCUCUCCUUAGCUGAUCCAUCUGGAGAUCAAGCCAGCCAUCAGGAACCAGAUCAUCAGAGAGCUACAGGUGCCGCUUUUGUUAUUUAACUUAACAUUAUCAACAACUUAAUAAUAUAAUGUUUAAACCAAAUAAAUUCUUAAACAUGAGAAUUCCUUAUGUGUUUAUAAACCUCGCUCUCUAUGUCUCCCUCAGUUGCUACAUGAGUGUAAUUCUCCCUACAUCGUUAGUUUCUACGGGUCCUUCUACAGCGACGGAGAGAUCAGCAUCUGCAUGGAACACAUGGUAAAGGAAGGGGGAGAGAAUGGGGGGAUGGAGUGGGGUGAGAGAGGGUGUCUUUCAAGAGCAAGUUAAAUCAUUUUGGGGAUUGAGAUAGUGAGGUUGCAAUGCAGGUAGACUCUGACCUUGUUCUACUGUGAAGUGUUUGUGUGAGGUGGCUCUCCUCUCUCCCUGCAGGACGGGGGCUCUCUGGACCAGGUGCUGAAGGAGGCCAGGAGGAUCCCUGAGGAGAUCCUGGGGAAAGUCAGCAUCGCUGUGAGUAUCAACAAACUAGGGGUGUACCAAGUAGUCAGACAAAACAAGUAUCAUAACAGAUAUGGGCAAUUUUCUGGAUGUGAUUAUGAUCAGAGUAUUUUUUUGUUAUUAUCCGUGAUGGUGGGGAAAAAGUCAUUUUCGGGUGCCAGCAUAUUUCUCAUGUCAGUCAGUCGUGCAAGGUUCUACAUGGUCUAAAUAACUCAACUGGCUAGUUUGCAUGUCUGUCGUAGCCGGCCGCGACCGGGAGACCCAUGCGACGGCGCACAAUUGGCCCAGCGUUGUCCAGGGUAGGGGAGGGAAUGGCCGGCAGGGAUGUAGCUCAGUUGGUAGAGCAUGGCGUUUGCAACGCCAGGGUUGUGGGUUCGUUUCCCACGGGGGGCCAGUAUGAAAAAAAUAUAUUUAAAAAAUAAUGAAUGCACUCACUAACUGUAAGUCGCUCUGGAUAAGAGCGUCUGCUAAAUGACUAUAAUGUAAAUGUAAAGAGAAGGGCAGGCUUUAUGUUGACCCUGCUGCUCUGAUUGGAUAGAGUGAAGCUGUAUUUCUCUGUUCACUCGCUUCAUAAUUUCACCCGAUCAGUUUUCCUCCAUGUUUUCAGUCAGAUCAGUUAGAUUGUUGCUGCCUGCUACUAUGAUAAAUUACAUGGCGAGGACGUUUGCUGUCAAGAUAUCAAUUUGCAUAAUGUCUAACAAGUGGGUAGAGAAAAAAUAUGAAAUGCUGAUGCGCAUUCUGACUGAAUGACAGCUAACUUGGCUGCCCGCUUCAAAUUGAGGAAACAGACACACACCCCUCCGCGUGCUGCUCCUAAUCGGCAGCUUUUUUUGCAGUGAGAAUGUGCAGGGAGGUAUUUUGCCAACAUCUAUUUAGGCAAAUUAAAACACUUCUGUUUUUUUCAAUCACGAGUAUCAUCCGAUCCAACUGGCAACUUAGGAAUACAAUUAGGAAUACGAGUAUGGCCAUGUCAGCACACCCCUACAACAAACCAUAGCUAGCUACAUAUGAAGAUAGUAAUGCAUGUCUAUUGUUUCCCAAAGGAUAGAUAUAAUAUUUGACAAUUCCAAGUGUGCUCUUGAAACUGGGCAAAAACUGCAACAUUUUCACGUCUUCUUCACAGGUUCUAAGAGGGUUAGCGUAUCUACGAGAGAAACACCAGAUCAUGCACAGAGGUACACAUUGAUGCUAUGCAUUUGAAUUUACGUACAGUGCAUAGGUAGAUACAUUUUCCUCUGUGUUUGUCUGCGCCUGUGUAUUUUUUUGCAAUUUGCCUGCCCAGUCUAACGGUCCCUCCUUCCUGUCCCCCAGACGUAAAGCCCUCCAAUAUCCUGGUGAACUCUCGUGGGGAGAUCAAGUUGUGUGACUUCGGGGUGAGCGGCCAGCUAAUAGACUCCAUGGCCAACUCCUUUGUGGGAACACGUUCCUACAUGUCGGUGCGUACCCCUGAUUCUGUUUGCGUGUGUGUUUGUGUGAGAGAGUACACGUGCCUGUGCUUGCAUGCUUGUGUGUAUGUAAACCAUCUAUCUCUGUGUCUCUAACCAACAGCCGGAGAGAUUGCAGGGCACCCACUACUCUGUCCAGUCUGAUGUGUGGAGCAUGGGUCUGUCUCUGGUUGAGCUUUCCAUCGGUCGGUACCCCAUCCCCCCUCCGGACGCCAAAGAGCUGGAGGCCAUCUUUGGCCGGCCCAUCACGGACGGGACCGAGGGAGAAAUGCACAGCAGCACCUCUCCCCGACCCAGACCCCCCGGGGGCAGACCUGCCAGCGGUCAGAACAUACACCAGACCCACACACACACACACAGCCUCUUUCGCAGAUCGAGAUAAUUUACAUAUUUGUACUGAUGACCUCAAUAAUGUUUUACUGUUAUUCAGGCCACGGUCCUGCAAUGGCCAUCUUUGAGCUGCUGGACUACAUCGUCAACGAGGUAAACACUGCUCAGGAUACCCCCUCAUUGCCAUAGAUAGAUCGAAGAAUGCAAAUGAUUGUCACGGAACGGAAGCUAGAAUAGAAUAUGACCAAACUCUACUGUUAUCCAUGGCAUGGUGUAUAAAUGUGCU